UCAUCUUCUACUUCUUCUCUGUAAUUUUUCUUCUCUGAUACUACACGAGCUGUCGGAUUUGGAAAUACUUUAUUUAGGGUUUUGAAACUAUGUCAACAUCAACUACUUCUCCCGGAUCUGCACCUAAUGAUACCGUCGUCGUCGACGUUACGCCGUUUCUCAACACAGGUGAAGUGGGUCAAGGCCGCCAAAUUAUCCCGUGGCAGACUCUCACAGAUGCGGCGCGGUUUAUUCAAAGGGGCAGUAACCGACGGAUGCUGAGGAACCCAUCAAUGAUCGUCAGGGAGGCUGCCGCUGAGCAGCUGGAGGAGAGGCAAAGCGAUUGGGCUUACUCAAAGCCGGUUGUAUUUCUCGACCUGCUUUGGAAUGUCUCCUUUGUCGCUGUCGCAGCUGGAGUUCUGUUGCUUAGCAGAGACGAAUCUCCGUCGAUGCAGCUGACGUUGUGGAUCAUAGGAUAUUCAUUGCAAUGCGUUAUUCAUAUAAUAUGUGUGUAUGUUGAGUACAGAAGGCGCCGCCGGAGACAGCAGUAUGGUGAAGUAUUGAAUUCAAACACUUCGGAGACUUUCAGUCAGUAUGUUUCUCUCGCUCACCUAAACGAUGAUGGUACCAGCGGAAUGGUUAAGCAUUUGGAAUCUGCAAAUACCCUGUUCUCCUUUAUUUGGUGGUUCAUCGGAUUUUAUUGGUUAUCAAAGGAUGGACAGACCUUAUCAAACGAGUCUCCACAACUCUACUGGCUUAGCAUAGUGUUCCUUGCAUUUGAUGUGUUCUUUGUAUUAUUUUGUGUUGCCUUGGCUUGCGUCGUUGGUGUAGCAGUUUGUUGCUGUCUUCCAUGUAUCAUUGCAAUAUUGUACGCAGUGGCUGAUCAGGAAGGAGCAUCAAGAGAAGACAUUGAACAGCUAACAAAAUACAAAUUCAGGAGGAUUAAUGACAGUGAAAAGAAGGUUCAAGGUGGGAUAGGAAGUCAAAUAGCAGGAGUAAUGACAGAAUGUGGCACGGAUAUGCCCAUUGAACAUGAAAUUCUACAGGAGGAUGUUGACUGCUGUAUAUGCCUCUGCACCUAUGAUGAUGGAGACGAACUCCGAGAGCUUCCAUGUUAUCAUCAUUUUCACUGUGGUUGUAUAGACAAGUGGCUACACAUGAACGCCACUUGCCCACUUUGCAAGUUCAACAUCUCGAAGAAUGAUGCUAAUAAUUUGAGAGAUGAAGUAUAAUAUAAAUAGGAGUAAUUAAAUUUCUUUCUAAAGUCCAUCUAAUCAGUUAUUAAUAAUUAGAUCAUUUACAAAUUCCAGGGUAAGCUCUCAGGUAAUGUAAGCAUACAUUGAAUGUGCAGAAAUCAAGUGAUUACCUGUAUCUACUUAUCACUUGUGACAACUUGUCAAUAGUCUUAACUUAUAUGUACCAGACUAUGUAAGCAAAAUCUAACUUGCUUUUUUAUUAAUUAAUCUUUUAAAUUUUAA